AUCAAUCAAAAUAUAUUCCUUCCAAAAUCCCCAUUCUCAAGUCCCAUUCCUCUCUUCCCCUCUCUCUCUCUCUCUCGUCUGAGCCAACCAUGCCUGUUGUCACAGACACAACAGCAGCAACAACAACAGCAGCAGAACACAUCAAGUGGAGAAGACCCAGAAAUCAAUUCAGCUAUCACCACCACCACCCCCACCCCAUUUCAGAAACAGAUCUAAACCCACAAAUCCCUUCUAUAAUCCAAUCCACUCGCUGCAAGUCCACCAUUUCUUCCCUGCUCCUCUCCACAUUCUCCAACACCUCCUCUCCCUCCAAUGAGACCCACACCAUCAAUGGCAGGAAAAAAACCAACUUUUCUGCAGCAACCUUCAGAGGGUUGGGCUGCACCGCCGGGGCGUCGCAGCAAGUGUCGGUGCCAGCGGUGAUUCGCACCUCCGCUGAUUGGCAAGGGAAGAAAACCAGAAAAAAGAAGCACAAGAGGAACAGUAGCAGUAACAAGAACAAGGCUUGCCAUGGUGGAGGUCUAGAAGGUUCCAAUCCUGGUUGUGUUGAUUUUCAAGAUGUUUGGUGUGGCCCUGGAAUUGGGUUCUCAGCAGAUGCUGCUGCCUCUGUUGAUUGUGUUGUGGCUAGGAAGAAUGUGUCUUCAAGAGGCAAAAUUGAUGUGGAGAAGAUCUCUCACAGGGAGCGUUCAUCGUACAUGGGAAGGCGCACAGAAACCUUCACUUUUCUGGACAACACUGACCCUGACAUUUUCACACCACGCUCUGCCUCAAACACUUUUGGAACCUCAACAUACUAUCGUCACGUUACAGAUUCUUCCUCUGAUGGCUUUGCCGAGAUAAUGAUGCUUCAAGGGAGUCUUCUAAUGGGGGGACGAUUAAAUUCACAUGAUCAAUUCAGAGACUGGAGGCUUGAUGUUGAUAACAUGUCAUAUGAGCAAUUGCUGGAGCUUGGUGAGAGAAUUGGUUAUGUUAGCACUGGACUGAAAGAAGAUGAGAUGGGGCGGAACAUAAGGAAAAUUUUGCUUCAGUUUUCUUGUGAUCUAACAAAGAAUCGUAUAGAUAAAAAGUGCAGCAUUUGCCAGGAGGAGUAUGAAGGAGGUGACGAGGUGGGGAAGCUAAAUUGUGAACACAGCUAUCACUUCCAGUGUAUAAAACAAUGGGUUGCACACAAAAAUUUCUGUCCAGUGUGUAAGCAACAAGUUGUGGCUCGUCGCUGAGUGACACAACCCUAUUGUUUUUUUGGACAACUACCAUUCUCAAUCUUAAAUUUGUGUAUAGUUUUUAAUUCCAAUAUAAGCAAGAAUUUUCAUUCUUUGCUAUCAAUCUUCAUUUCAUCUUUAAAAACUCCAGCAUCCUUAUGGGUUCGACAAUUAUAUGUUAUUGAGUAAAGGUUUUUUUAAUUGGGUGAGACCUUUGCAAGUUUGCAUAUUUUAUGCAAGAGUGGCCUUGCCUAAGAGCAGGUAACAUUUUUUUAAUGGAGUUGUGUCUUUGAGAUAAAG